AUGCCUGGAAUUGUGGUGUUCCGACGCAGAUGGUCGUUUGGAUCCGACGAUUUGGUGGUGCCUUCUAUAUUCCUGCUCACCAUCCAUUUGACUUGGACAGUAAUCUUAGGUGUCAUUACUGGGAAUUAUGAUUUUGAUCUACAUAAAGAAUGCAGUGUGGGCCUCGUGAACUUGAAAUACUAUCUUAUCGGCUACCUGAGCAUGCUGGCAGGCAACAUCAUGGUGGAAGGACUGAUAUUCUUUGUAAGCAUGAGAGGUACAAUUCUCAACCCAUCUCCGAGGCUGUGUAUGCAGUACCUUCUGUACUUCAGGUUAGCAAUCCUACUGGUAGAGCUUGCCUGGCAGAUCCUGGGUGUGAUUUGGAUGAUACAGCACUACAAUACAUGUGGUCCUGUGGUUCCAAUGAAAGCUGCUUUAGGGCUGAUUGUGUGUAACUGGGUGAUCAUGCUGACUGUAUUCGUGUCACUUUGGUGUACCUAUGACAUAGCAGGCAGAAAAUGGGUUAAGAUGAAACGCUACCAAGAGAGUAUGAAGGAAAAAUCCCAUCGGAAUAAACGGAAUAGUGGAAGACGUAAUUGGAGACAUCGGAGUAGUUUUAUGAGGCUUUUGUCUUCUUAUCACAGCAUAAGGAGGAAAGCUAUCCGGGCUUAUGAGGAAAGUUGGGAUAGGAGAUUCCGAUUUCUAUGCUGUUGUGUUGAAAGGGAUGCAACAAACAGGAACUCAAUAGCAGAGGUAGCUAAACUUUUCACAGAAUUUUUUCGCGAUCUAGAUGUCGUACCUUCAGAUGUUAUUGCAGGAUUUGUACUGCUUCGUCGCCAUCAAAAGCUUCAAAUGCACCAUGUGGUCACAGAGGGCAGUAAUGAUGUGUACCAAUACCUAUCAGGACGUGCUAUCACCCCUCAGACAGAGUUCUUACAGUUGGGCCAGCCUGAGGUUAUGGAAGACUAUAAACUUGUUGUCCAUUACAUGCGGUUUGCUUUGGCUGCCUAUGGAUGGCCAGCCUUCAUGAUGAUGAACACUGGGACUGGCCUCUGUAAAAUGCUUCCAAGCCUGCGGUGUUGUUGCUGCCAUGCCUGUGGGUCAUCCUUUCCUAAGGAUGCUGAGCUGAUUGACGAUAACUGUUGCCACUGUAACUUUGUAGCACUGCUUAAACUGAGUGGCCUGAAAGAAACUGACAUUGCCUAUGUCACCUACCAUGUAGAGAUUGGGGAGACGCCUUUCUAUGUGGCUCUGGACCAUGGGCACAAGAAGGUUGUGAUCUGUGUAAGAGGGACCCUGUCACUUCAGGAUGUGCUGACAGAUCUUAAGGCUGAUGCUGAGACAUUACCACUAGAUCCUGUUAAGGAAGAGUGGGUGGGACAUAAGGGAAUGGUUCAAGCAGCAGUGUACAUUCAGAAGAAGCUGAAGGAAGACCGUAUCUUAGCUAAAGCCUUUGGGAGGGAUCUGGUAAGAACGCAGAAAUAUGAUUUGGUAUUGGUAGGUCACUCCCUGGGAGCUGGUACGGCAUCCAUCCUUGCUAUACUGCUGCGACAAGAGUACCCUUCUCUCCACUGCUAUGCCUUUUCUCCUCCUGGGGGACUGCUCAGUGAUGUGUGUGUAGAAGAAACCAAAUCCUUCAUAACUUCUGUGGUGGUAGGAAAAGAUGUUGUUCCUCGAAUUGGGUUGUCCCAGUUGGAGGUCUUAAGAACCGAUUUAAUUAAUGUAAUAAAAAACAGUACACAGCCCAAGUGGAAAAUAAUAGCAAGAGGAUUGUGUUGUGGGUCAGAGGAUGCAGAGAGCUUUAAUAAAGAAGAUGUACAGCUGGCGUCAGAGCGUGACAACACAGCCCAUCCUCUUGACUCACAGAUAGGUCUGUCCACACAUCACCCUUUAUACCCACCUGGCAAGAUCAUCCAUGUUGUCAGGAGUCAUCCAAGAGGCAAAAAGAAACGCCUGUGUGGAUCAGGAGAACCAGUGUUCCAGGCUGUAUGGGCACACAACACCAGUUUUGAUGAAGUUCUUGUCUCCCCAACCAUGAUAAAUGAUCACAUGCCAGACAAUGUUAUGGAUGCCUUGGAGAAGGUUUUGAUAAAUGUGGCACCACCAAAACCAAAUCGGACAUUAACUGAGGCAGAGAGAAAGGCUUUUCUUCAAAAGCGCUCACCAUCAGUGGAAUCUGAAAAUUCCAACCACAAACUGAUUGUGCAGGAGGACUUCACAAUAGGUAAAACAGCUCCUGUGUGUAACCAGUUACCAUUAUACAAGCCACAGCAUCAGCCGUUACCACCUCUCUUCUCCUGGGAUCAUGCAGCAGAAGAACAUCGGUUCCUGUUAGAAAAAGACUUCCUGUAUCCAGGUGAUCCUGGAAAACAGGAGCUGUAUCUAGAUCUGGGAACAGAUACCAUAACUGCACCACUAGCCAGUCCAGAAACUUUGUCGGAAAUAUCUAGUGUCGGAAGUGCUUUGAGUCGAAUCGGCAGCUUGAACAAAGACAAUAAAAGACGUUCCAUCAUAAUUCCUCAGGUUCUGGAAACCAUCCAGCAGUCCCCAGUGAGUAAAAACAAAGUGGGAGAUUUCCCACCUGUUACAGAACCGAAACAUCUCAACGGCCAGGUGAGCAAAACACCACAGAUUGGGAAUUGUAUACAUAUUAAGACAGAUGUAAUUAUUGAAAGUCCCCCCAAAAUUCGCCAUGAAUCUGACAAAACUACAAAAGGUAUUAAUGAUUCACUUGUGCCAUUGCUUUGUGAUAGUACGGAUCAGGACAAUUGUGAUAUUGUUGGCAAUGGUUCACAUGAGUUCCAGAACAAAGUAUACAACCGACAUUCCCCAGUUGACGGCAACCAACAUGAGUAUGGCAAUCCCAACUUGCAUUACUCUGCAGGAGGAAUUGGUUACCCACACGGCACCGGUGCCUACCAUCCUCCGACGUGUAAUGUUAAUGCUGAUGGCGUCUGUACAGAAUGCAUGAAACAUUCCUUAUCUGACAUUCAUUCACCUCAAGAGGAAGAUUCUAUCAUCAAGUGCUCUCAAUCUGAAUCUCAAUUACUUCACCUGUCAGCAAGAUACGUCAUGAAACGUUCCACAGAGCAGAGAGACAUAGCUCAUCUACAGGACAGUAUGGAAGUUUUUCAAGGAGAUGCCACUUCUCAAGAGUCACAACAAACUGUUAGCUCCCAUAGGUCUCGCCUGCUUCCUAAGGGAGCUAAUCCAAUCAUGUCAGAAGGUACACAAGCAAGUACUAAUUCUCUUGAGGACGACUCGGACCGGCGCCUCUCUUCGUCACACUCGGACGAGGUUUUUGAUUUACCAUUAGAAGAAACUGAUGUAUGA